GAUUUAGAUCUAGAAGAAGCCAUACCAAGCAAAUUAUGCCAUUUUCAUUUCUGCAAAUUGCAGGUGCAAGGUUCCGGCGUUGGGCAGAAUCUAGAGAGAGAAAGCAUGAUAAAAACUUUUUCAACCGGUAAUAUAUGAACCAAAUCCGCAGAUUUUUCCACUCCCUCAAUCAGUGGGAGGACUUCCAUCUUCAGUACUCUUCCUUGUGACCCCACUCCAGCAGAGAUUGAUGGGGGAUCUGCUCAGUCUAAGCAUCUCUCUCUCUCUCCCUCUCUCUCUCUGCAGAGAGUCUUCAAAGCUUACCUUUCUUCGCCAUCUCCAUCCUAAAAGCCUCUCGUUAAGAUCAGAUCAGUGUUAAACCUCAAGACCCAGCUUUGCUUUCACACUGCCCGUUUUCUCCUUCCCCAUCAUUCAAUAUUUUUCAACUCUCCUUUAUUUCCUUUUCUCCUUUCCAUUCACGUUUGUCUUCAUCGAAGCUAUGGCGAGCUGGAUUCCUUCAAUACUCAAGAAAAAAUAUUACCAAAUAAAAGCACAGUAGAAAGAGAGAAAAGAGAGCGAGAGGGAGAGGGAGUGAAGGAGGCAGAGGGAGAGAGAGUUUUCUUCUUCCCUUUCUGUAGAUGGCUCCCUUUUUCAGAGAGAGAAGUCUUGGGGGGUCAAAGAGACACAUGGGUAUUCCAGAAAACGGUGCUUCUGAUUUGGGCUCACCUUUUGGUGAAUUGGGUGUGGAGAUCUCGCCCUCAGAAUUAAAGGAGACGGCGUACGAGAUCUUCGUUGCUGCGUGCAGACCGUCGGGAGGGAAACCUUUGACGUACAUUUCUCAAUCGGAGAGGAGUGGUGAAAAGGAGAGGUCGCUGACGUCUUCUCCGUCUGCCUUAUCCGUUUCUUCUACUUCUUCUUCAUCUCCCUUGCACAGAUCAUUGACCUUCUCUGCAGCAAGUACGAUGAAGAAGGCCUUAGGGUUGAAGUCCUCGAAGAAGAGUCCAUUGAAUGAUGGGAGCCCGUCGAGAUCGUCAAAAAAACCGAUGACGGUUGGAGAGUUGAUGAGGAUUCAAAUGAAGAUCUCUGAGCAGAAGGACGGUCGAAUUCGCCGUGCACUUUUGAGGAUUGCUGCUGGACAACUUGGGAAGCGUGUUGAAGCAAUUGUUCUGCCUCUAGAAUUCUUGCAGCAGUUCAAGGCUUCUGACUUCUCAGACGCUGAAGAAUAUGAGGCUUGGAAAGUCAGAAAUUUGAAGAUAAUUGAAGCUGGUCUUCUUCUGCAUCCUGUUUCACCUCUGGAAAAAAAUGACUCAGGUGCAGCGAGGCUUCGUCAAGUUCUAAAGGGUGCCUUUGAUAGGUCAAUAGAAACAGGAAAAAAUUCGGAAUCAAUGCAAGUGCUGAGAAGUGCUAUCAUGCCUCUUGCAUGCAGAUCAGUUGAUGCAUUUCCCUCAGAGACAUGCCACUGGGCGGAUGGAUCACCCUUUAAUCUUAUACUCUACCAGAUGCUGUUAGAGGCUUGUUUUGACAGUAAUGAUGAAUCUACAAUUAUUGAGGAGCUCGAUGAGGUAUUAGAUCUCAUAAAAAAGACGUGGCCAAUCCUUGGAAUGAAUCAAAUGCUCCAUAGCCUUUGUUUUUCUUGGGUUCUCUUUCAUCGGUUUGUUGCAACUGGGCAAGUGGAAAAUGAUUUACUACUAGCUGCCGAGAAUCAAUUAGCAGAAGUUGAAAAAGAUGCAAAAACGACAAAGGAUCCAUUAUAUGCUAAAAUCUUGAAUUCAACACUGUCUUCAAUUCUUGGUUGGGCUGAGAAGAGGCUUCUGGCAUAUCAUGAUACCUUUCAGGCUGAAACCAUUGAGUUGAUGCAGAGUGUUGUUUCUUUGGGUGUUUUGGCUGCAAAGAUACUAGUUGAAGAUAUUUCAACUGAGUAUAGGCGUAAAAGGAGGGGGGAAGUUGAUGUUGCUCGCAACAGGAUUGAGACCUACAUCAGGUCUUCUCUACGAACAGCUUUUGCACAGAAAAUGGAAAAAGUUGAUUCAAACAGGCGUUCUAGUAAGAACCCAUCUCCAGUUCUUUCUGUUCUUGCAAGAGACAUAGGUGAUCUUGCAAAAUAUGAGAAAGAAAUCUUUAGUCCUAUAUUCAAGAAGUGGCAUCCUUUGUCUGCUGGUGUGGCUGUGGCGACACUCCAUGCAUGCUAUGGAAGAGAGCUAAAGCAAUUUAUGUCGGGUGUAACUGAGUUGACUCCUGAUGCUGUCCAAGUCCUAAAGUCAGCAGACAAGUUAGAGAAGGACCUAGUCAAUAUUGCUGUAGAAGACUCAGUUGAUAGCGAGGAUGGCGGAAAGGCGAUUAUUCGUGAGAUGCCUCCUUAUGAGGCUGAAUCUGCAAUGGCUAAUCUGGCCAAAAUAUGGAUAAAGUUGAGAGUUGAUAGACUGAGGGAAUGGGUUGACAGGAACUUGCAGCAUGAGGUGUGGGAUCCAAGGGCAAACAAGGAUAGGUUUGCUCCUUCUGUCGUGGAAGUUCUUCAAAUGAUGGAUGAGACAAUUGAGGCAUUCUUUCAGCUACCAAUUCCCAUGCAUCAAGAUUUACUUCCAGAUCUAGUAUCCGGCCUAGACCGUGGUCUUCAGCAUUAUGUAUCAAAGACGAAAUCUGGUUGCGGAACAAAGAGCAGUUACUUACCCACCCUACCAGCAUUGACUAGAUGUACGACUAGUUCAAAGUUGGGUGCUUUUAAGAAAAAAGAGAAGUUGCCUAUGAAAAAGAAAUCACAGGUGGGCACAGCAAACGGUGAUCAUGCUUUUGGUCUGCCACAGCUUUGUGUCCGUAUGAAUACUCUUCAUCAGAUCCGGACGGAGUUGGAGGUUCUUGACAAAAGAAUAAUCUCUCAUUUGAGAAAUGGAGAAUCUACUACCAUGUCCAUUUCAAGUGGGAAGGAUGCCAAGUUUGAGCUUUCUCUUGCUGGUUGUCUUGAAGGAAUUCAACAACUCUCUGAGGCAACUGCAUACAAGGUUGUUUUCCAUGAUCUGAGUCAUGUUCUCUGGGACGGUCUGUAUGUUGGGGAACCAGCAAGUUCAAGGGUUGAACAAUUCCUUAAGGAAUUAGAGCCAAAGCUUGAGUUAAUUGCGAGCACAGUGCACAACAAAGUCCGAAGUCGUGUUCUAACUGCCUUGAUGAAAGUCUCCUUUGACGGGUUCUUGCUGGUGCUCCUUGCUGGUGGUCCAUAUCGUGCCUUCUCCCGCCGUGAUUCUCAGUUAAUAGAAGAAGAUUUCACAUCCCUCAAAAACUUGUAUGUGGCUGACGGUGAUGGGUUGCCACCAGAGUUGGUCGAGAAGGCGGCAACACCUGUAACAAAUGUACUUCCUCUUUUCCGUGCUGAGACAGGAGAAGUGAUUGAUCGGUUUAAGCAGGUAGUUUCACGGGCCUAUGGUCCUGCCAUGUCCAAGCUGCCUCUCCCUCCAACUCCUGAUAACUGGUCUCCAUCAGACCCCAACACAGUCCUGCGGGUUCUCUGUCAUCGGAAUGAUGAAGCAGCUACUAAAUUCCUCAAAAAGAAUUACGGCCUGCCAAAGAAACUGUAGUGUUCAGUGUUUGCCUUCAUUACAAGGUUCACAGGCAGUCCUGUGUGUAUCUACUGUAUUAUGUAGUUAGAAGAAAGUAUUGGUACUCUCCUGAAGGGUUCACCAACCCUUGUGCCACCUGAUACAUUUGUAAAAGAAAAAAGCUAGUCCCGUAGCUGGUUGCUGGGCGAAUGUUGCAGCUUUCACUGGCCUGAACCAUCUGCUAUAUGGGUAUAUCUGAUUGUUGAAUGUUGGGGUCGACCUGGAUUGAUGAUUCUUUUAUUCAUAUAAGAGCUAGCUCCUUAGCGGGUCAUAUGUUGGGUACUGUUGCAGCUUGCACUGGCCUGAACCAUUAAAUGGGCUGAUCUGAUAGUAGAAUGUUGGGGACUUUAUGGAUUGAUGAUUGAUGAUUCUUUUAUUCAUAUGAGCUUAAAGGUUUGAUUUA